AUGGCAUUAGAUGGUCUGGGACUGUUGGAGGAGUUUACCUUUGAUGGACAGCAAGACACCAUCAACUUUGGCUAUCACGAAUCGAACAAUUUCCCACUCGCUCUGCAGACCAAGCCCGGCGUCCAUUUAACGGUAGAUGAAGCAAUCCAGAGCAUAAGAGCUCUUAGAGAGUCCGGGAAACUCGCCGAGCUACUCAAAGCUCAUGGCGGUGCUGCAUUGAUCCGUGGUUUGCCAAUCACUACACCACUCGAGUACAGCCUGGUCGCUCAUGCAUUCGGGCUUGCUGCCCACGAAGAAGUGGGUCGGCCACCGUUACGAACGGUGUUGGCCAAGAACGUGAAGACUGCGAACGAAGGCCCGCCCGAGCUACCAAUAUGGCCGCACAACGAAUACGGAUGGAGCACGAUCAACCCGGCCUGGCUUACUUUCUGCGCACUAGAAGUGCCACAGACGUGUGGUGCAACGCCAAUAACCUCUAGCAUCGGCCUGAUCAAGAAACUCGAGGAAGAGGCACCAGAAUUCUUGAACAAACUUAGUAAGCAUGGCGUACAGUAUACGUACCGAUAUAGCAGGAAAGAAGUUGUCAGCACUGUUGGAGCUACGGUAUUUGCAGCAUAUGGACAAGAAACCACAUCCAGUGAUGACGAAGCCACCAUCCGGACGAAGGUGGAGAGAGAAGUGAGGCGGCAUAGCAAUCGCUUCGUGUGGCACGACGAUGGCAGUCUAAGCGUUACACACAUCGUGCCAAUCCUUCGCAAACACCUUGAUACAGGCUUCACGACUUGGUUCGGGAACUUAACGUCCGCCUACGGGCGAAGCAGGCAUCAUGGUGCGACUGAACCUCCAUAUCUCGGAGACGAUGGCGGCUAUCACCCAUUGCCACUGUACGGAAAUGGUGAAGCCAUCGAAACGAAAUAUCUUGAACUCUCUCUGAGCAUUGCCGAGUCCUUGCAAGUUGAUGUAGACUGGCAGAAAGGCGAUGUCGUUCUCCUUGACAAUUACGCGGUGAUGCACUCCCGAAAACCUUGGACCGGAACGCGAUCUGUUCUGGCUGCACUUUGGGAUGAGGGAGGCCGAAUUGGAGACACCCUUGAGGGCACGGAGAUUCUGAGGUCGAGCCCGAGGGAGCCAAUUAUCGCGGCAGCAUGA